AUGAUCUUUUGUUUUUGAGAAUCUCUUCAUCCACAAUUCAUUUGUCCUCUGUUCACUAUUUGCCAUGAUGCCGACUCGAUACUAGUGCUCUCGCCGAAGGAGUUAUGAGAUGACUUGUGAGUCGGUUGACCUCGUAAGCUGCUAAAUGAUCUAGGAAGUCCUCUACCUACGAUCUGGGUUGUUUGUUGCUAUAGAGGUCUGGAGAGUUGCAUUGGUUUGAGUUAGGUUUGCUUGGGGACAAGCAAACGGUUAAGUGUGGGGGAGUUUGAUAACGAUGUAAUUGCACAUAUUUGCGCCCCUAGUUCUUAUCCGUUUGAGGGGCAUAGUCGUGUACUUUUGGCCUAUUUUACGCCGGGUUGUGCUAUUUUGUCAUAUUUCAGGUCCCAUGCGUCAAAGGAAAGGCUAAGCACGAGUUUCGGAGCAUUCGAAAGUCAUUUCGUCGAGCUGGAGCCAAAACACGGGCACACCUAAUUCAUUACACGGCCGUGUUCUCCCAAAGCACGGCCGUGUUCUCUCCAAAACACGGCUGUGUUCUGUGGCCGUGCUUUUACUGCCGAGAGCUAAUUCGAGUUUGGCAAACAUGAGCUGAUUACACGGGCUGAAAGCACGGCCGUAUUCUCCCAAAGCACGGCCGUGUUCUCUCCAAAGCACGGCCGUGUUUCUCCCAAUGCACUGAUCGUGUAAUUAACCCUAGCCAAAGCACGGGCGGGAUGAGGCAUUACACGGCCGUGCCCUCGACCGUGCUUUGGCCACUGAUGCCAUUUUAAGCAGAUUUUCAGCCAAAAGGAAAGGGGAGAGCUGGGUUUUGGAUCCCAAACACCCAAGGGACGAACCAAAGAGAGAGAGGGCGAUUUGAGGGAAUUCUUGGAGUGGAAUUGGAGGAUUUCUUUGCCUUGGAAGCUCGAGGAAGAAGCCCGGACUUGAAGACUGAUCAUCUAAAGAUUCCUACUGCAGUCUCUCUCUUCUCUAUGGAGUAACUUCCCUUCACUUAGGUUUUGAGGAACCCUAGCUAUGUUUGUUUGAUUGGAUGAUUGUAUGAGUACUCUGACUUGAUUAUCUUGAGUUCAUAUUCAAUCUAUGCAUGUUUUCAUGAUUCAAUUCUGCUUUAGUUGAGAUUAUUGAUUCUGCUUUGAUCCUAUGAGAGGGAAUACCUUAUUAGGUCAAUAGAGCACCAUAGAUUGAUAGUAGUGGAUCGAUUGCUUUAGUCGAGGGUUGAUUCACUGCUUUGUAUCGAUUGAGAACCUCUUUCAAUAGAGGGAGUCUAGUUCAGAACGCCUUGAUCAGUUGUUCUAGAGAAGGAUACGUCCCUCUAGGCAAUUGACUCAAGAGGGCCUUGUUCCUUUAGUCGAGACUCAAGGUCUAGUCAAGGAUUCUCCGCAUUGUGAAUGAAAGUGAAACAAGUUAGAAAUCAUCAAUCGUUAGUCUGGCUAGUGGCUAGGGGGAAUCAUACCUAAGUGAGUUCCCAGCCUGUAAUUAGAUUAACUUUAACUGUAGUUUGCUAGAGUAGUUUUAGUUCUUUCAUCUUGAUCUGGUUUGCUAAAUAAUAAACUGAAGCUGAGUAAUAGUAACUCUAGAGACCCGUGGAUUCGAUAUUUAUCACUUGAGCCACUAUACUGCAGUCCCUUCCAUUGGUUACGCUUGGCCAUUGUUAGGUGUUGUGUCAUAGCGUGUCAGCGUGAUGCAGGAUGACACUGUUUUGGAGCACAGGAUCAGAAGUUCGGCAACAACCAUAGCUCGAGUACAAGUAGACGAGAGACUUGUCCAAGCAAACAAUCGACAGCAAGAGGAACAACAACUCUCCUGGAAGCCUCCGCCACAAGGUUGGGUGAGCGUUCAAGUUGAUGGCUCCGUGAGACAACCGGGAUCCAAGGCAGCAGCUGGAGGAUUGAUUCGCGACUGGACAAAAAGAUGCUUGGGAGCAUUUGUGGAGAAUUUGGGCUCCUUCACAAUAACACGAGCAGAACUCAAGGGUGAUGGUCGGGGGACUUCAAGCAGCAUGGAUGCAAGGUCACAGAAAGAUCCACCUCCAACUUGAUUGAUCAACUGCUAUACACAUUCUUACCUCUUCUGAACAUCAAUAGCAGAGGUAUUUCAGUUUGACAAGGCAAUUUCAAAGCCUCCUACAACAAAAUUGGGAGGUGAAAAUCUCCCACACCUACAGGGAAUGCAACAAGGCAGCUGAUUUUUUGGCUAAUAGAGGGCAUGAAGUCGAUAUAGGGUAUCAUAAUUUCAAUGUUUCUGAUCCAGGUUUGAACUACUGAAUCUUGUAUGACACUAUGGGCAUUGCCCAAUCUCGUUUAAUUUAAGUUUCAGGCAGGGGCGCCCUUUAGCGUCCCUUCUUUCUACAAAAAAAAAAGAUAUGGUUAAAAAAAAGGUAUGGGCUGGAUUUACUGUUAGAUUCAUGAAGUCCAACCAGAGCAGGAAUACACAUGAGGGGAUAACAUUCUCAUACAAUCGGCCACACGAAAGAAAAUAACGUGGGCCAUUAUGGUUGAGUCAGGCCGGCUGUUGAUAAUGCGUUAGGCCAUAUUUCGGGUUUUAUGCCUGGUUUGAACAGUAAUGAAGUUAUGUUCAUAUC